CCUUUGACCGAAUUACAUCGACCGAAAAAACCAGGUGAAUAUCCAUCCCCACGUUUAGAUUUGGAUAUUAUCUCGUUACUAUGCCACCCAACUUUGGGUAGCAGCAAACUUGUCGACCGUCUAUUACACAAACACGAAGACUUGGUGUUACAUUUAUUUUUUCUUCCUUGUCCUUUUGUCCUCUUCUUCUUCCACUUCUCUAAGUCUCCAUUAAUCCUAUCUCCAAUCAACCCUUAAUUCUCCAUAACAUCCAUACGACGCCAAAAAAAAAAACUGCAAAAAACAAGAAGAUGGGCUUCAAAGCAUUUCUUGAAGGCGGCAUCGCCGCCAUCAUCGCCGGCGUAAUAACUCACCCACUAGAUCUCAUCAAGGUCCGUAUGCAACUCCAUGGCGAAUUCUCCUUCUCCAUGGACCCUAACCCUAAUCCGAAUCUUCCUCUCAAGCCUUACAGACCCGUUUUCGCACUCAACUCCCUCAUCGGCAGCAUUUCCUUGUUACCUUCGUUCACGCUCCCACACGCGCCGCCGCGUGCCACUCCUGUCUCCGUCGGCGCCCACAUUGUGACCACCGAAGGCCCCGCCGCUCUCUUCUCCGGCGUCUCCGCCACCGUCCUCCGUCAGAUGCUCUACUCCGCCACCCGAAUGGGCAUCUACGACUUCCUCAAGCGCAAAUGGACCGACCGAGUCACCGGAAACCUUCCCCUCACCGCCAAAAUUGCCGCCGGGCUCAUCGCCGGAGCUAUCGGAUCCGUCGCCGGAAACCCAGCUGACGUGGCGAUGGUACGGAUGCAGGCCGACGGACGAUUGCCCGUUAAACAGCGUAGGAACUACAAGAGUGUGGUCGACGCAAUCGGGCAGAUGGUGAGGCGAGAGGGAUUUUGUAGCCUGUGGCGCGGGUCGUGGCUAACGGUGAACCGGGCGAUGAUCGUGACGGCGUCGCAGCUGGCGACGUACGACCAGGUGAAGGAAGCGAUGGUCGCCGGAGGGAGAGGGUCGCCGGCGGGGAUGGGGGUACACGUGGCGGCGAGCUUGGUGGCGGGGCUGGUAGCGGCGGUGGCGUCGAACCCAGUGGACGUGGUGAAGACGAGGAUGAUGAACAUGGACGCGGCGGCUCCGGCGUACGGAGGGCCGUUGGACUGCGCCGUCAAAACGGUGACGGCAGAGGGUCCGAUGGCUCUUUACAAAGGAUUCGUUCCGACCGUCACUAGACAAGGACCCUUCACUGUCGUUUUGUUUGUUACGUUGGAACACAUUCGUAGUUUGUUAAAAGAUGUUAAAUUUUGAUUACAAAGUUUGGGAAAUAAUGUGAUUAUGUAAUGAAAGAAUGUGAUGAUUGAAUUUGGACCGUAAUCGAUAAUGAUUUAAAUUA